AUGGAGGACCCAUCUGCCCCUAUGCCACCACGCGCAGCACCGGCUCACACGUUUCGAUUCUGGGGUAUCUUCAUCGCUCUUUGCCUUCUAUCCUUUAUUUCUGCCCUCGAUGUUGCCAUCAUCACGACAGCUCUCCCCUCCAUCACUGCAGAUAUCGGUGGCUCCAAACUAUAUGUAUGGAUCGCCAAUUCCUUCGUUCUCGCAUCAUCUGUAUUUCAACCACUAUUCGGUCAACUUGCAAAUCUCUUUGGUCGUCGCAAGCCCUGA